AUGGUGGCAGGCCGACGGACGGGCGCAGGGACGAACGCGGUCGAUGCCCUCGAGAAGGAGGACGGAGAAAAGGCACGCGGGCUCGUUGAGAGCGGCGCGGACGUCCAUCCGGGGACGACGUUGGAUGAGUGGAAAGCGACAGAGUCCGGCAUGCUCUCUUUUGUGUACUUCCACCACGCUCUGCUCUUCACGCGAACGGGCCAUGAAGACCUCCGCUGCCGUUGCCACCUUUACCGCCUCACUCCUCUCGUCGCAUACCAUGGCUUCGCGGACUGGGUCGGGACCGAUGGUACGAAGUACCUCGGCAACGUCCCCAAUAACUACACCGGCCCCAGUCCCAUCCGCCUCAUCUUAGAUAUCGGCUCGGUCAAGGGCGCGUCCAACCCGGGCCUCUUCUGUGCCCUCAGCGCGUAG